UUUUGGAGCUGUCGGAUUCAAUACACAAAUUUACUCUUACAUUCUUAAAAAUACAAAGAAAUAAUUAUAUUUUCUUUUCUACGAGCAAGCAGCUGAGAAGAGAGGUGGCUUCGUGGUAAAAUAUAGAAAUCAGCCGCAUUUUUGUCCUCCGGAAUGGCCUUCGUAGCGCGUCGGAGCAGCGAUGGCUCGGUGGUGGAUCGUCAUCAGGUUUCCGGAAGGAGCACUCUGCGUCCUUUGUCCUUGUCGGAUAUUAGUGACGAGGAUUCAGAGUCAGUGCUGGGAUAUACGAACAGCACUUACGGAGCUCCCACCGUGAGAUAUGUGGGUCAGGGAGAGAACGAUAUCGAUACGGAAAGCGAAAUGGAACCCGAAUCAAAAGGUUUAGCUGAGGAUCAUAACGAAGAUGCGGACCUACACUUUGAAGACUCCCUGGAAGAUCCAGCCGAUAUUUCAGGCAGUGAAACUGAUUCUAUUCUGAGCUUUUGCCAUCAACUGGAGGAGGAGGAGGCCAACGAUGCCAUGCGCAGUGGCAUGAUGGACUAUACAGAUGAAGAUACGGUAGAUUAUCCAGAUGAUGAUGUGGAUGCAGAGGAUGUAGAGGAUGAGGAUCAGAAGAGCAUGGGCAAGGGUGAUGAUGCGACUGUCACGGAUACGGAGACCGUGAUGAACUUCGACCAGGAUCUGAUUAGCCUGAGCUCUUUUGACAGCUGCACACCAACAGUGACACAGCGUUCAGAGGAUCUGGAUAAUCUUAGCGCCAAGACCUUUUUCAAGCAGGACGUGAUGGAGGACAACAUCAGCAGCAAGACCUUCUUCAAGCAGGACCAACUGGAUGGCCUCAGUGGGAAGACCUCCUACAAGUCAGCCAUCAAGGAUAAGAGGCAGCGAUCACCUGUGGACCUCGAAACGGAUCAGCUAUCCAGUCGCACCUAUAACCUGAGCACUGGAGGAAGUACAAGGGUCAGCAAUAGGGGCAGCAAUCGGGCAAGCAAUCGCCUCCAUGAUGGAUCCUCACUGUCCACCUGCAGCUGGUCGGAGAUGUAUGGCGGUGCCCUGCAGCCCGCCGAUGGGCGUAGCAACAUUGUGCCCUCGCUGAGCCUGGCCAGCGCCACCUCGGACACUUCGACCUACUUCAAGAGUCUGGAGGAGAACAAGGAGCGCCAGGGACAGGCGGCCUUCGAGGACUGGAAGGCGCGGAAAGCGGCCCAGAAGCAAAAGACUCUGAUGGCCGCCAAGAAGGAGCAGCAGAAACGGGAGGCGGAGGCGGCUCUGCGCCAGAAACUGUCCCAGGAACGCUUCCAGGAGUGGUGUCGCCGCAAGGAGGAGCAGCAGCAAAAGCAACUGAAGCAGCAGCAGCAGCAAAUGCAGAUUCUACGCAAAAAGACAACGACCUCCAGCCAGUCGAGCUCGGGCAACUCCUCAGCCUCCAGCUUAAUUUCCGGUUGCGGAUCUGGAUCCAGUUCGGGUGUGGGUUCGAGUGCAGGUCCUGUGAAGAAGGUGCCGCCGGAGAUCACCAAUAAGAGGAUCAAGGAGUGGGAGCGCAUCAAGGCGGAGCAACAGCAGAUCGAAAGGGAGCGUCAAAAGAAGCUGCAGGACAACAAGCAGAAGCUGGAGGCGGAGCGCAGGCAGCGCUCCCAGGGCGCCUGGAAGAACUGGAUGAAACAGGUGGACAAGCGGGCCAAGCCGGUGCCUUUAAACCAGGGCUUCGAUACCCUCCGCGGCACUAUCUCCAACAUCUACAUCAAUCCCGUCCAGUGGGUGUCCAACAUUGAUCCGCAGGACUCUGGACGCAGUCGUUAGGUUGGAUUGUGCGGGGGUCAUUCAUACGUUCGUUACACUAUCGUCCAUUCUGGAAGAUGUCGCUAGGGUUGCUGGGCCAACCAAUUAAUUAUUAACCUACUAUACAUUUGUUUUUCGGAUCGUGGCGGUGGAUCCCACAUUGUUUUAGCUUCGCAAGUUGACCAAUAAACAAUAUCAGCAUCUUUAACUAUA